UUCAGGCUCUGCAGUGGCAACAGCUGAGAAAAAACCAGUGACACCAGGACCAGCCUUGAAGAAGUGGGAAAUCUCAAAAGACCAACCCUAUUUGUGA